AUGUCGCCAACUAAACGAAAAUUUGAAAAUAUCAGCUACAAACUCAGUCACAGAAAGAAAUUACUUAAUAGACGCCGGAUGGUAGUGAAUAUAGAGUUUGCAUUGGCCAUGUUGGGUAUUAUAUUGAUGUUAAUAGAAACUGAAUGUUUUAUAGAUAUUCCUGGAUUUACUAAGGCUGAUCCCGUGUCUGUGAUUUUAAAAUCCUUCAUAUCAAUUUCUACGUUUUUUCUGAUAAUAUGUGUUAUAUCAUAUCAUAUUGUCGGCAUCCAAAUCAGAAUGACAGAUGGAAGUUUGGAGGACUGGAGACUUGCUCUCAGUUCGUGGACCUAUGUAAAAAUUGCUACAGAGGUUAUCAUAUGUGCUAUUCAUCCGAUACCAGGUGAUAUCAGCUUCCCAUAUGCUGCUAAAAAUGCUCCCAAAAGAGUCUCAAUAGACGCUUUCCUGUCGGUUCUGAUGUUGUUAAGAUUAUAUUUAGUAGGAAAGUUCGUUGUCAUCCACAGUCGCUUACUGACUGAUACCUCUACACAAAGUCUAGGAGCUCUAAAUAAGGUCAAGAUCAACACAGGAUUUGUCUUCAAGGCUUUAAUGUCCGAAAGACCAGGCAGCAUGUUAGUCGCGUUGAUGUUUGCGAUCUUCGUCAUCAAUAGUUGGGCAUUACGUACUUGUGAAGUUUAUUAUCAUCCCGAUCAUGAACAUAGCGAUUUCACUAACGCAAUGUGGCUAAUAGCCAUCACAUUUCUCACAAUCGGCUAUGGUGAUAUAACGCCGAAUAGCGAAUGUGGUCGUUUCAUUGCAGUAGAGACUGGUCUUAUGGGUGUUGGUAUCACUGCUCUGUUGGUAGCUGUACUUGCUCAAAAACUCGAACAAACGCGAUCUGAAAAAUAUGUUCAUACUUUCGUCAAUCGAGUGAAGCUCGACAACGCUCAGAAACACGCUGCUUCUAAUGUGAUUAAACAAGUUCUCUCUUUGUGGAGAAUAAAACGAAGGGGGAUAAAAGAUGAUAAAUAUAGAAUACGUGUGUAUGGGAAGAUGCUACAAGCUCUACGAGAAAUGAGAGCUGCGAGGAAUGGAAAAGCGAUCAUUGGAGAAACGUCAAUAGGUAUUAUUGAAGUUUCUAAAAGUGUGAAUGACGUUUUUGAUAUAACAGAAACAAUACAAACUGAACAAAGGGAGAUAAAAAGUAGACUAGAUGGUUUAGAAAAUACUGUGAAAACUAUAAACGAUAAACUAGAUAUCAUCUUGAAUUCUUCUCGUCGAUAG